UGUGACUCUUCUAGCAACAAUGAAUCAGGUAGUAUUGUCUCUUGCCGGCCUCAUUGGCCUUUGUGCUGCUGGAUAUGUCCACCAUUCACCGUACAACCAAGUCGUUGACUACUACGCUCCUCCCAAGUACGCUUUCGACUACACAGUCGCCGACUACCACACGGGCGACAGCAAAUCGCAGUGGGAGACGAGGGACGGUGACGUAGUCAAGGGACAAUACUCCCUGAUAGAACCCGACGGCAGUGUGAGGACGGUGGAGUACACAGCUGAUGACCACAACGGGUUCAAUGCUGUCGUGAAGAAGACAGAGCCCAAAAUACCCCAUCCUGCCCCCGUGGUGCACUACCAGCCCGCGCCCGCCCAUGAGGAGUACGAGCCCCAGUACGAGGAGUACUAUCCUCAACACUAUUCUCAACACUACCCCCAGCACUACUGAAGACUUAGUGAUCUCAAAAUAUAUCUGUACCUUUUCCCCUAUCUUGAAAUAUUUCAUGUCCCUUGGUGACUGAGCUAGAAACACAUUGGAGGUAGCACUGACAUGGCAACUAUGUUAGAAAAUUGAGACGAAAAAAAUUUACUAAAAUAUGCAUUUAGUUUUUGCAUUACGGAAUAGACUGUUAACCGAAAAUAAUUUAAUUCCUACAAGAUGUGUUUCAGUUGGGUGAAAAAAUGUUAGUUAAUUAUUUCCGUAAUAUAUUUUAAUAUAGCUGGAUAAAUAAUUGUUUUCAGCAUGCUGGUUUUAAAUUUACAGCCUUAAAAAUAAAACUACAUACUUGAAAAAAUAUUUUGUACCUUUAACAUAUUUAAAUUCUAGGAACUUGCUUAUAAAAUACUCUUAUUUGUGUUCAAGCCAUUACUUGUACAUAGAUUUAGGCUAGUUGCUUUUAAGAACUAUUCUGUAAUACGUUUAAAAUUGUCGCAUAUUUGUUGUCUUUUGUCAGAGAAUGCUAGGAUUUAUAAAUCAUAAUAAGAAAAUAAGUAGUUAUAACCAAACGGAUUUUGAUUGUAAAGUACAGGAACAGUUUUCUAUAAUUUUAAAUUCUUCAAUGCAAAAAAUAAGUGUUGCUUCCGAAAGUACCUGAUAAUCUUAAAAUUGCUAUAAGUUUGUGAAAUAUUUAUUGUAACAAAUUUAAGAUAUUAAAAUAAAUAUUUUUACUUUUGUA